AUGCACUCUCUCAAAAAUCCUUUGUCUUUCCGCCCUUCCAGCAGGCCUACAUCCCCCGCUCCGCCUUCUCGUCCAGAUUCAGGUAUUGGCAUGGAGCGCUCGAGGCCUCUCACAAAGUUGUCUUUGAACAAUCUGAGAAGGGCCUCUCCAGCGCCGUUGUCUACUCCAACACCAGCUCCCCAUACGCUGGUUCAAGAUGGAUCUUACCUGGAGAUGCUUAGUCUCAAACUAAGUGAAGCUGUCUCCAGAGCUGUAACCCAGCCUUCGGGAACACCUGCCAUGAACGAUGUCGUUAGUGGCAAAAAGCCAAUUCCUGGUGGACGUGGAAGCACUCUAGGGGCACUCAUCGUAUCUGAACUAAAGGCGGCAAACGGUAAUCCGCAUUUGCACAGAGCGAUUGUCCGCUCUCUUCACAAGCCUCUGUCUGUCCUUCUUGGGAGCCUUUCCUCAAUGAUGCUCCCCUUGUUAUCAUCCCCUGCAUUUCUUACACCGCCUGCUCCGACAGUGCAGUCUCCCCAUCCUAACGCUAUUCAGCUGCAUGCAAUUGCAAUUGCCACGUUCGCGGGUGAACUUCUGGAAACAUUUGAUGAACUCAAUCUUGGACAUGAUAAUGACGUCCGUGGGGAUGGCCUCAAAGGCAUCCGGGAGGGUCUUGUUUCCGUGGUCAGCAGGGUUAUCAAUCCACUCGUCGGGGGAAUUCGGAGAGAACUAGUUCCUAUCAUAGAUGCUCUCGAGCUCUCUAUCCCAGGAAAGAUGACUUUAGGAGUCAAAAACGUCGUGCUACACAGCUCCGUUUUGACUUUACAGUCUAUCAUACCAAUUUAUACACAGGCCCUCAGACGCUAUACGUCGUCUCGAACAGCUCAAAACUUGCUGGCAACGUUCGUCAUAUCAUUGGUAUGGCGAAGCAUGGUGGCACUUUGUCAUCGGCCUACCACGCCUUCCCCUCCCUCAUCUCCGGGACUUAUCUCUGCGACAAAAAAGCGUCGCAACUCUCCCUCCUCUACGCCGCCUCUUACUCCUCCAGCAAGCCGAUUCACCAUCAAGCUUCCCUCCUCUCGCCCACCUUCUCCGCCUAUCCCUGUGUUGGCUCCUUCGCUUUCCCCAAGCACUGAUGCACGGGCAAUCUAUGACCUUCUUGUCACACUUCCUACUCCUGUGGCUGAGACAGAAAACGGACGGCUCGCCAAAGAGGCUGUGGACGAAGCGAUGAAUGGACUACAUGCACUAGCAGAUUUGUUUGACGCGGCACAUCACCUCCUCAAGGUAACUAGUGACUCAACAAUUGAACAUCACGCGCUUGAGCUAGAACGGCUUACUGAAAAGAUUCCUACCCUCAUUGCCCUGCCGGUAUUACUACGCGCUCAGAACCUGGAUAUACGCUCGGAGGUUGUACUCGGGCUUUCCGAAGAGGACUAUCGGAACAGCUGCCUCACAGGUUUCGGCCGUGCAGACGAAUGCGCUACCCCGGUUGGUUUGCGUGUUCACGAUCAUAUUCGUACUUCUGGAAACACUGCGCCUGUUUUGCUGGCUUGGUUGGAGAAGGAAAUAGCCGAAUGA